GGGGGAAGGGCUGGUUUGUGUAAAUACCCGGCUGUAACAACACACAAGCGAUCGGAAAGGCCAAAACUACCGCAAGAAGAUUUCAGUCAGAUCAGCAGACGAUCAUGUUAUUGAUCAAGCGUGAUGUCUAGUUUUAUUUUCAGUAUUUGGUUUGAUCAGGUUUCUGUUAGCGACAUCAUGCAGUAGAGUAGCGUGUGGCUAUAUUUGUCUAGAUGAGGGCUAUUCGACACAUUUAAACUCUUGGAAUUAGCGCUUUCACGUUGGAUCAUCGACAGAUUAGUGUUGAUCUCGUCUCAGGCUUUUAAGGACACUGUUUGUGUAUGUUUUAAAUGAGCUCGUGAGCUAAACAAAAGCGCUAGCACAACCGGCUAGUCAACACUUGUGCAUGAUUUAGUCAGUUUAUUUCGAAUUCUAUAUCAAUGAUGGACAUCGGAAAGGAUUUCGCUGCUUUACUAGUUAGAUGAAUUACACCACAAAGGUUAAUUAAAUGAAUCAGUGGGAUUUAUAGUAACUUAGUAGGUUAGAUUAGAUGUGUAGGUUAACGUUAGCAUUACCCUGUUAGCAUUAGCAACUCCUUUGUGUUGGGAAGACUGAUUGUGAUUUCACUCACUUUGCUUUUUGUUGAGGGAAAUUAUCGCUUUUAUUCAAAUGUAUUAAUGAUUUUAUCAUUUAUACAUUAUUAUCGUUUACCUAAGACGUUCGUUUUUCUGCAACAUCAGUGUAAUCAAGAUAGAAGUAGGAAACGAAAAGAAAUGUUGAACAGCUAGUCUCUCUGUAAUACUCCUCUAUAGAACACAUAUAGUGUAAAAAUAGCGAUACUAAAACUACAGAGUAGCACAUUUUAUCAUUUUUAAGCUAUUAUGGCCUACAUUUUGAACCUAAACAAGAUCUGUUUGCUAUGGACACAUCUACUCUUCAUUUUUAUGGGAAAUGCAGUUUCUUCAGAGCACAGCGAGAAUGUAUAUGUAUCAGGGAUGUCAAACGCCUGUGGAGAUGUAGCGGAGCAGAUAAGGGCGUCCAGUGGAGUGAUAACCAGCCCUGGUUGGCCCUUUGAAUAUCCUUCCCGCAUCAACUGCAGCUGGAACAUCAGGGCCAACCCUGGAGAGAUCAUAACCAUCAGUUUUCAGGACUUUGAAAUUCAGAGUUCGCAUCGAUGUGGUUUAGACUGGAUCUCUAUUGGCACCUACAAGAACCUGGAUGGGUACCGGGCCUGUGGCUCGUCUAUUCCUGCCCCAUACAUCUCCUCUCAGGAUCAUGUGUGGAUCAAGUUUCACUCUGAUGACAGCAUGACUGGAAAGGGCUUUAGGCUCUCUUACAUAACAGGUAAAUCGGAAGAAGCCAUUUGCAAUCCUGACCAAUUCCACUGUGCCAACGGGAAGUGUAUCCCAGAGUCGUGGCAGUGCAACACCAUGGACGAAUGUGGCGAUAACUCAGACGAGGAGCUGUGUGUCCAGCCGAACCCCUCUGCGUUCUUCUCCUUCCAGCCCUGCGCUUUCAACCAGUUCCCUUGUCUUUCACGCUACACCCGUGUUUACACCUGUCUGCCGGAGUCCCUCAAGUGUGACGGCAGCAUCGACUGUCAAGACUUGGGCGACGAGAUCGACUGUGACGUGCCCACCUGUGGCGAAUGGCUGCACAAUUUCUACGGUACUUUCAGCUCACCCAACUAUCCUGACUUCUAUCCACCUGGAAGUAACUGCACCUGGCUGAUCGACACCGGUGACCACCGUAAGGUCGUCUUGCGCUUUAUGGACUUCAAACUGGAUGGCACAGGUUACGGCGAUUACGUCAAAGUCUACGACGGAUUAGAGGAGAACCCCAGGCGUCUGUUGCGUGUGUUGACUGCGUUUGACUCUCGAGCCCCUGUAGCAGUGGUGUCGUCCUCAGGACAACUUCGGAUACACUUUUAUGCCGACAAAAUCAACGCGGCUCGAGGCUUUAAUGUCACGUAUCAAGUCGAUGGCUUUUGCUUGCCGUGGGAAAUCCCAUGUGGAGGGAACUGGGGUUGCUACACCGAACAACAACGUUGUGACGGCUUCUGGCACUGCCCCAAUGGCAGGGACGAGCUCAACUGCAGCAACUGCCAGGAAGACGAGUUCCCGUGCUCACGAAACGGUGCCUGCUACCCGCGGUCUGACCGGUGCAACUACCAGAACCGUUGCCCAAACGGCUCAGAUGAGAAGAACUGCUUUUUCUGCCAGCCUGGAAACUUCCACUGCAAGAACAACCGCUGCGUUUUUGAAAGCUGGGUGUGUGACGCGCAAGACGACUGUGGGGAUGGAAGUGAUGAAGAAAGCUGCCCAGUGAUCGUACCCACACGAGUAAUCACUGCCGCCGUCAUCGGGAGUCUGAUCUGCGGCCUGCUGCUGGUCAUUGCUCUGGGCUGCACCUGCAAAUUGUACUCGCUCAGGAUGUUUGAGCGCAGGUCAUUUGAGACUCAGCUGUCCAGAGUAGAGGCAGAGUUACUGAGAAGAGAAGCUCCUCCUUCAUAUGGGCAGCUAAUUGCUCAAGGACUGAUCCCCCCAGUGGAAGAUUUUCCUGUCUGCUCUGGAAAUCAGGCGUCUGUUUUAGAAAACCUAAGACUGGCAGUCCGUUCUCAGCUGGGCUUCACCUCAAUCCGACUCCCCACCACAGGGCGCCACGGCAACAUCUGGAGACGCCUGUUCAAUUUCACACGUUCACGGCGAUCUGGCUCUCUCGCACUGGUGUCUGCAGACGCAGAAGAGAGUCCUGCCGGCAACGCCUCUGCACGUGACCCGGAGAGGUUUGGCUCUCACCGUGGACUUCUGCCCUUGGACUCGGAUGACACGGACACCGAGAGUGAUCACCAUCCCCGCAGGGAUGUCCCUGGAGCUGUUGGAGGCCUGAUGGCCCCACUACCACAGAAAACGCCCCCCACCACAGCUGUGGAAGCCAUCGUCUCGGUGUCUGCCAGCUCUGCCCCACUGGUCAGCCGAGAGAGCAGCAUCUCUGAGGGCAUCUCAGAAAGUUCUGGAGUGACCGGACCUCUGUGUGCGACGACGACGACGACUACUAAUGCGAGGAGCCCCUUCAGCGGUGCUUUAAGCCGGGUCACACGCAGCCUGCGCUGGAUUCGUUUCUCUCUCGGUCACUCAGGUGAUGGAGGAUCAAGUGGCAUUGGGCAGAACCACAGCCCUCUGCGCCAACUGGAGCAAGGAAGUGCGGGCUGUACCAAUGUCGGUAUUAGGGGUGAGGAUGAGGAUGACGUGGAGCUCCUCAUUCCCGUCUCAGACUCGAAUGACGAGAGCUCCAGGCCCCUGCUGGAGCAAGGCUUCGAGCAGGCUUUCGUGCCCCACCUCUCUCUCAGAGGCCGGCCGGUGGGUCGGGACGGCCCCUGUGAACACUGUGGGAUUGUCCAUACGGCGCAGAUCCCAGACGCUUGUCUGGAGGCGACGGCGAAGUCAGAAACUAGUGAUGAUGAGUCACUGCUGCUCUGUUAAGAAUUGACUCUAAGAUUCCCCUGCUCACAGCUUGCUAUUUGUGUUAUCGCCCCCUAGUGGAGCGGAGGUCGAAAGUCGAACCAAGAGCUUCAGAAAUCAGGUACUUUUAAAAGACCAGUCUGUAAAAAUCAUACAGAGUACAAGAACUCCCCAAUCCCACUGUGCAAUAUUAGUAUUCGUUGAGAUGUUUUACCAGGUCAAAGUCUAUUUUUCUGAAGAGUCAAAUGAAGCUCACGUUGAGUGAGCCGUUCAGUGCAGUUCUCGGUUUUGGGAAAGCAGCACAAACACAUGCAUCUAUCCUGGACAGUGUGGAACAAUGAAAGACUGAACACAUCCAAGUGCUCUGAGAACCUUUAAUUUAUUUGUACAUUUGAUGUCAGGCAUUUGUUUUAUUAAAAGUAUGGUUGACCCAAAACAAAAAACGAAAUGUCUACUCACUCACCCUCACGUUGUUCCAGACAUACUAUUUGUGGAGUUUGCUUUUUUCCUAUACAGUGAAUAGGAACGGGCCGAUGGCGAUUUGGCAUCAAAUGUCAUUGGUUGAGGGCAAUUUUUUGACAAUUAACGCUAAAGUCAUAUGGAUUUGUUUCAGGAUUCUUGUUGUAUGGAAAAAAACAGCUUGAAGUGUUUUCACUAUUUUUCAUUUUGAGUAAAAUUAUUCUUUUAACUGCUUGCAAAAAUUGGGUUAUCAACCAAAAUUUGGUACGGUUGUUCAUUUCAGUGCGAGUUUGGUCCCCGCUGCCGUGGUACUAUGUGCGUCACAUGCGAAUAUGAGCGAGGGACUUUUAUUUAUAACAGAGUAUAAUCUGAGACGGAGCUACUAUUUUUAAAGGAUGUUGCAUUGUAUAACAGCCACUUUUGUUUUGUUGUAUUUAUUUUAUUUUUUUUGUUACCGUUAACCUUUUGGUAACCGUACUGUUUGGGUACUGAGAAUUGUGUGAGUGUGUAUAUUUAUUACUGGUUUUCAUUUCGGUAGCGUUUACUUGAAAAGCAUGUCCAGCUGUCUUGUGCUUAUUUCUUUUUCCAUUUCAUAAUGCGGUGUUAAUAUAUCUAUAUAAUUAUAUACAUACACAAACAUGCAAAAUAUAUAAAUAUAUAUAUAUAUAUAAAGAUAAGAAUAAAAAUGUUUACUGCACCAAGAGAAUAAAAGUGUUCAUCCCCACUU